GCCGCGCGAUCCGCCCGGGGCGGGAGCCUGGUCUCGUGGGUCCGGCGGGACCCCAGAGGCGCCGGGUGGGCAGCGCUGCCCGAGGCCGGGGCAGCGCCAGGCUCCCGAGCGGCUGGAGGCUCCUCGGCUGCGGCGGCCUCUGCGCGGCCGGGCCGGGCUCUGUCUCCGGGGCGGCGCCGAGGUAACGAUUCAUCAUUAAUCAAGAUGUCCUCAGCACCUGAGCCCCCAAACAUUAAAAAAGAAGCACCCAAAGAGAAAGACAGUCGAAUUCCAGGACUCAGGGGUGUCCGUACAACCACGCUGUUCCGAGCUGUGAAUCCAGAGCUUUUCAUUAAACCCAACAAACCUGUUAUGGCUUUUGGACUCAUAACAAUUACCCUGUGUGUGGCCUACAUUGGUUAUUUACAUGCAACACAGGAGAAUAAAAAGGACCUCUAUGAAGCUGUUGACAGUGAAGGAGCCAGGUAUAUGAGGAGGAAGACUUCCAAGUGGGAUUAAAGAAGCUGCUUAAUAACAGAGAAGGAAAGAGGAGUAAUUGGCAAUGUAGGCAUCUGAAUUGUUAAUGUUAAAUUAGGUGUCUGCUAACCUUUCUAUGCAAUUCCUGGAAUGAUGUUUGUAAAAUUUAAUCCAAUUUCUAUUUAAUUUUACAAUGCCAUGCCUGUACUUAUAAACUUUACAGAAGACAUACAAAGUAAUAAAGUGUUAAGAACA